UGCAGCAGGGCGCUGCUGAGCUUCACUUCCCUCGACUAACGGAGCUGCUGUACUGGUGUCAUCCUGACAGCUACACUCUCAGCUAAACUAAUACGCCAUAAUUACACAACAAGAUCGAAAACAAAUGUCGGGAGGCGUGAGAAUGAGGUUCGCUGAAGGUUAAAUUAGUCUAUUAGUGCGGUAAAGGUUACUUAUCAGUAGCGGUAGCUGGCUAAAGUAGCUCAGCACAGCUUUGUUUACAUUGCUAGUUCAGUUCAAGCUGCUCUCCUAGUGGGCUUACAGAAGCAUAUAAGCGCUGUUAGACAUCAUCUCAGCGGCCUGGCUUCUUUAUUUGUCCUCAUAUUUACUCUGAUUUGGCUGAAAAGAGUUUUAUUUGUGCCUGUGCUUCAUCAAACGUCAGCAUGGGGAUGUGUUUGCCCUGUCUGAGUGGAGCUGAGGAUGAUGUAGUCACACCAGACCCUGAGACCAGGAGAAGACAGCUAGCAGACGCUGCAGAGAAGAGACAGAAAGAGAUCACCUACAGAGGCAUCAAAAACCCAGAAGCCUUGGAGAGGAAAAAGAAGAAACAAGAAGAGACAGAGAAACAGACCAUGAAUACUGUACCUUCUGAAGGCGGCGGGCUAAAGUGGCAGGUUGGCUAACACAGGCUAAAGGGAAGAUCACUGGUCAGCCUUCAUCUGCAGUGUUUCCCGCUGACUUGAGAGAUUCUUAAAACUCUUUGUUCUUUCGGUUCUUAUUUUGAAGUGUACACUAGCCAGGGGAGUUUGCAUAGAGACUCCCGCACAAAACUCCUUAUCCUCCAGGCCUUCUGAUUGGCCAGAGUGCAUUCAGGCCACACCCCUUUAAAUGCCAAGACGGGCAAGCUAUUUGAUUUCUGGGAUAGUGCUUUUAGCAAUUAAUGUUUUUUUUUUCCCACAACUUAUUCAGUUUAUGUUUAUGGAUCUUUUCACACACACAGUUUUUGUACCAAUGUCCUUUCUAUUUUUGACAUUGCUCAAGAACUGAAUGUCAUUUUAAUACACAUUUAUACAACUGAAAAGCAUGUUUUAUAUUGGAUUUUGGAUAAUUUAAUACAUAUUUAGUCAUGUAUAUUUAUGCAUCAGUUACCAGUGUGUUUUGGUUGUAAGCUCAUCGUGUUUAGCAAUUUGUCAGGACUUGAAGUAUAAUAAUAAUGAAUAACAAUGAAAGAUAUUAUGUCAGUUAGCACUUUCACUGCCUGUUGAUUGUAUGACUUGCUGUUCUUAUGAACCAAAUUGAAUGUGCAUCACUUUAUCUUAUCAGACGCAUCAGUUUCUCACCCUUUCUGAAGGGCUUUGGUUGUCUUAAGUUAAGAAGAUCUUAACUUAUCACAUUUAAACUCAGCAUCCAUGUGUUGGGCCGUGCAGCAGUGACUGUAGCAGCCUGAGUUAUAGUGAUCAGUGUGGAAUACACUUUAUCUCUAGGACCUCUGAGUGAGCUCUACAUAUUGCCUUUGAUGCGUUGCUUUAAUGCUAUGCUCAUGAGUUGUUACCUCUGCCUACAGCAACUCACUCAAUGCUUGUGACAGGGAAACAGAUUUGCACCAAAUUAUCAAGUGAAAUAUCUUCCCAGGGUUCAUUCAGAAUGGGUUAUUAAUAUACAGACACUGUAUAACAAUAAUACAAAACAUCAGACAAAGUUUUGCAAUGUUCAUGUUUACCAGUAGAGGGCAGUGGCACACUUUCAGAUCAGGAACUGUUUUAGAACCACAACUGCAAGGAGGCAUUGCUUAAAUAAAGAUUGUUUGAUUGAACA